AUGUUGCAAUUUCUUGAAAGGAAGGGCUAUACUAAGUCCUGGAAGACCCUCUCCGUCCUCUUUGCCAUUCAGAAGAUCAACUGGAACCCCUGGAUCUUGCCCAACCACACUCUGGGCUACAACACCUAUGAUGAUUAUCUCAAUGGAAGAGUGACUUCAGAGUCCCUGCUGGACCUGCUCUCCCCUGGGCAGGCCAAUGUUCCAAACUACAAGUGCGGCAGGAAGAAGCACCCAAUGGUUGUUCUGGAAGGGUCAGACACUGAAAACUCCAUCCACAUUUCAAGCAUGAUGGGCACCUACAAAAUCCCACAGCUUCACCCUUUCCUGAGAAGCCCACAGUUUUACAAUAAUUCCAUGGACGGAGUAUUUCUGGAUAAGAAGGGAGAAAUGGCAGCCAACUUGGACGUCAUGAAUUGGGUGGUAUUUCCCAAUAGGUCUGUCACAGGAGUGAAAUUUGGGAGCCUAGAAAGAAACGGAUCCUCAGGUCUCCAGUUCACCAUUCACCAAGAUGCCAUUGUGUGGCUCUCCUGGCUGAACCAGCCCCUGCCCCAUACCAGGUGUGUGGAAGCCUGCCAUCCUGGAUUUGUCAAAGUAGUUCAGGAAGGGAAACUCAUUUGCUGCUACGACUGUCAUGCCUGUGCUGAAGGGACCAUCUCCACUCAGGAAGAUUCAGAACGUUGCACCAAGUGUCCAGAAGAUCAGCAUCCCAACAUGCAGCGAGAUCACUGUGUCCCGAAAAAAAUUACCUUCUUAUCGUAUGAAGACCCUUUGGGGAUCAUUCUGGCAUCCUUUGCCCUAAUUCUGUCCUCAGCAACAGAAUUUGUGUUAGGACUCUUCAUAAAAUUUGCAGAAACCCCUGUGGUCAGAGCCAACAACCAAGACCUUUCCUACAUUCUCCUAGUUUCCCUCCAACUUUCUUUUUUGUCCUCCUUCCUAUUCAUUGGCCAGCCAAAGAAAGUGACCUGCCUCUUCCGACAAACGGCCUUCAGCAUCAUCUUUUCCGUUGCUGUCUCUUCGCUCUUAGCCAAAACCAUCACUGUGGUGCUGGCCUUCCUUGCCACAAAGCCAGGGAACUGGGCAAGGAACUGGCUGGGGAAGACCUUGGCCAACUCCAUUGUCAUUUCCUGUGCCAUUGUCCAGGUUCUCCUCUGCACUACGUGGCUGGGAAUUUCUCCCCCUUUCCCUGACUCUGACAUGCACUCUCAGGCUGGAAAGAUCAUCCUGCAGUGCAACGAAGGGUCUGUGGCCAUGUUUUAUGCUGCCCUCAGCUACAUGGGCUUCCUGGCUUCUGUCUGCUUCACGGUGGCUUUCCUGGCCAGGAAGCUGCCUGGGGCCUUCAACGAGGCCAAGCUGAUCACCUUCAGCAUGCUGGUCUUCUGCAGUGUCUGGGUGUCCUUUGUGCCCACCUACCUGAGCACCAGGGGCAAGUACAUGGUGGCCGUGCAGGUCUUCUCCAUCUUGACCUCCAGUGCUGGGCUGCUGGGCUGCAUCUUCCUGCCCAAGUGCUACAUCAUUGUCUUGAGGCCUGAUCUG